UCACGUUUCCUUUCCUUCUUUAUGCACUAUGUGGCGCCUUCAAUGCCUUCCAACGCAUCCAAUUCCAAGCCCUAAUUUCAACGCCUUCUGCAAUUCCAUCGCCUAUGAAUAUGUUUCCUCCUCACAUUCUCCAAUUUCGACUUCAAUUUCUCUUCGCUCUACGAAUUUUUACUGCAGGAAGCGAAUUGACUGCCAAUGGACGGCCAGAGGAAGGCCGGAUUCGGCGUAUCGGACGGAUCGGAGACGACGACGACGGCUAGGUUUUGUGAUUUGAUUUUGAGAUUUGUGGCGAUGAUUUUGACUUUGGCUGCUGCUGUCGUUAUCGGCGUCGAUAAGCAGGCGAAAACGGUGUCGCUUCAACUCACCGCCGCGUUGCCGCCGCUGCGCAUUCCUGUUACUGCACGAUGGCAUUAUUCAUCUGCCUUCGUGUAUUUUGUGGUGGUAAAUGCAAUAGCAUGUUCAUACGCAGCCUUCUCGCUGGUUCUUUCAGCCGUAAUCAAAGGCAAAGGCAGAAGAAGCUUUAUAAGAUCCGCGAUCACCGUGAUGGACCUUCUGACGGUGGCGCUGCUGUUUUCCGGCUUCGGAGCCGCCGCCGCCGUCGGCGUCAUCGGCCUGAAAGGGAAUUCACAUCUUAAUUGGAAUAAAAUUUGCGAUGUCUUUGGAAGAUUCUGUGGCCAAGGAGCUGCUUCCCUUCUCCUCUCACUGCUUGGAGCGACGUCGUUUCUCUCUCUUGCUGUGCUUUCUGCUUUGAGGCUUCCAAGGGGAUCCAAUUGAGAACAAGAAAUAAAUAAAUAAAUAAAGCCUUUUCAAUUUUAAAUCUU